AUGACUAAUCUGGCAGUUCAGAUUGAGGCAUUGAACAGGCGUGAGGAUGAUCACUAUAAUGAAUUAACAAAACGUCUUGAUGAUCUUCAAAAUGAAGUCAUUAACGUUACAAAUCUUGAAAGUGAGAUGAAUAAGAAGAUGAAAGACCUUAAAAAGAUGAUGAAAUACAUGGAUGGUGUUAUAGAUACAGUGAAUGAGCUUAAAACCGACACAACGAAUUUUCAUCAACAAUUAGAUAAACACGACAAAGAUAUAGCUUCUGCACAAGAGAAUAUCGAAUUACUUAAUACGAGAUUCGAAUCCUUUGAAUCGAAAAGAGAUAUCGAGAAACAGCAACUUCUCGCACUAAUCGAUGAAAAAAGAGAAGAAGCAAGUCAAGAAACACAAGGUGUUAAUAAAAGUUUAAGCGAUCAGAUUGCUGCGAUUAAAGAAAUCUUGAAUUCUAUUGAUCCGAAACUUGAAUCAAUGAAGUCAGAAUUGCUCGAGAAUGCAAAGGAUAAUGCUGUUAGAGCAUUGAAGAAAGCAACAAAGUACACAGAUGAAGCUGUAGCGCCAAUCAAUCAAAAUGUUCAACAAAUUUUAACUUCAAUUACAAAUAUUGAAGAAGUUGACAAAAAGCAACGCGAAGACAUCGAUAAAAACACACAAGAAAUACAAGAAAAUAAAGAAUUUAUUACAAAAGUUAAUGAUACGGUCAAUAAUAAAGUUAUCAAAUUAUUAGCUAAGCAUGACGAGUUAUUGGAGACACAUUCCACAUAUAUACGCUCAUUUGAAGAGAAGGAAGAAAAUCUUCAAGAGCAAAUUGAUCAAAACUUAGAAUCAUUAACCGAAAAGAUCGAAGCUUUGGAGAAAUCAUUAUCCAAAAAGGAACAGAACGAUAUAAACACUGUUAACGAAAAGAUUGAUGACAUCAAUAAGGAAAUUGCAGCAAUUAAAGAAGAUAAAUCUAACACAGACAAGGCUUUUGCAGAAUACAAGGCUGAUAUCGAGAAGAACUUGCAAUCAAAGGAUAAAGCAAUCAACAAAAUUAAUACGAAACUUGAGUCAAUCAAAGAAUUAUCAGAUAAGAUUGAUGUUUUCCAUGAACAAAUAACUAAAAUGGAGACAGACAUAGCCCACAUUGACCAAAAAGUUGUUUCAAUUGAUCAAAAAGUAGGAUCAAAGAUUGAUGAUAUCAAUAAUCAAUUUGAGCAGUAUAAGACUAACCUUCAAGCACAGUUUAAGGGAUUAUCAGAUGAUAUAAGUGAAUCCAAGAAGGCUCACGAGUCAUUUGUCAAAUCUACAAACGAUGAAUUUGCAAAUGUCCAUGAAGAGAUACAAAACAAGCACGACGAGCUCGAAAAGCUUGUUACUGAUACAAAGGCCGAACUUGAAGACGAAAGAACAAAGUCAGUUGCCGAAUUAAACGAUAAAAUUUCAGCUCUUCAAACAAUUCUUGACAAUUUCAAGGAUUCUGAUGUUUCCAAGAUCAACAAACGCCUUAAGUCAUUGUAUAAAGACCUAAAUGACUUCAAAUCUGCUUACGAAGCUGACAAAGCAGCAAUUGACGCGAAAUUUGGCGAAACUGUUGCAAAAACUGAUGAAAAACUGAAAUCAUUGAAAGAAGAGAUCGAAUCUGAUAUCAAAGUCAGUCAAACAACAACACAAGGUGUGAUUGACAAAGAGAUAUUAUCAGUUAAAGAACUUAUCGAACAAAACAAAGAAGAAACUGAAAAAGAAAUCACUCAAAAAGUUUCAGAAAUCAAUGAAACACAAACUAAAGUCAAAGGAGACUUAGAUCAACUCUCCCAGAAACAGGAACAGUUCGCUUCAAGACAGAGAGAAAAGUUCCAGAGCGUACAACAAAUGUUUAAUGACAUUCAAGGCCAAAUCGACCAAAUAAACAAAGAAAAAUCCGAAAUGUCACUUUUAAUUGAAACAAACAAGAAAGAAAGUGACAAACAAAUCGCGAAUGCUGUUACAUCACAGACCAAGCUCCAUGAUGAUUUAGUUUCUAUGAUCAAAGACGUUGAAACUAAAGAAGACAAUCAAUUUGCAACUUUGUCAAAUGACCAAAAAGAAAUUUUGAAACAAAUUGCAAAUGUGAAGUCAAUUUUAUCCAAACAAAGUGAUGAUAUACAACAAAACAGACAGCUCAGUGAACAGAACAAACAAGAACUGAUUGCUAUGAUUGAGAAACUUAAGAAAUCAAUUUUGGCGACUGUCGAUCAAAACAAACAAGAAUUGGAUGCAAGAAUGAGUAAAAUCGAAACAAUUUUCAAUUCUUUGAUGGGUGACAGCCAGAUUGAUAUUCCUAAAUUAGUUUCUUUGAUUGACGAAAUAACAAAGAAGAUCUCCGAAGAUAAAACAACAAAUGAAAACCAAAUGAACAAAAUGAGAACAGAAAUCUUUGCGAAAUUGGAUGAAAACAACAAACAAAACAUCCAACAAUCAUCGCAAUUGAGAAAUGAUUUCAAUAAGUUCAGUGAAGAAAACAAUAAUAACAUGAGAACAAUGAAAACUGAUUUGUCAAACGCUUUUGAUGAAAUAUUGACAAAUCAACAGAAACAAUUGAAUACUUUACAAAAUUCAUUUACUGUUUUAGUUGGAAAUGAAACUAAGACACUUCCUGAGAUCACAACCAAGAUUGACGAAAACGAGAAGAAGCUCAAACAGAGAUUCGACAAUCUCCGUCAGAAAGCAAGUGAAGAAAUAACAAAUCUUCAAAAGAAUUUGACAGAUUUCAUUGAUAAAACUGAGAAACAAGAGAACGCAUUGUCUUCGAAGAUUGAUGAUGACAAGAAAGAACUUCUUGAUCAAUUAAACAAACUUAAAGAUCAAUGUCAAAAAGACAAAAGUGAACUGACCAACGAAGACAAUUCAAUUAAAGAAAGUUUGCAAGAAAGAGCCGCAAAACUCCAAGAAAAUAUUGAUUCACUUAAAUCAACUGUUUCUUCAAAUCAGAAAUCGGUUUUGUCACUUUUAGAUGAUCAAAACAAGCAAGAAGCCAAAGACGUUUCUGAUUUACAGAAAGAAAUCGAAGCAAUCAAAGGUGGAUCUGAUACAAAUCUUGCAGCAGUUUUGCAGGAAAUCGAAGGAAAUAAAGCUAAAAUCAAUGAAGUAAACAAUGAUUUGAUCAACGACCAAAAUGAUCUCCAAAGUAAAAUCUCUUCUGUGGAAAAGAAACUUGGAAAAGUCGUAAAAGUUUAUGAUGCACAAUUCGCUGAUACUCAAGAAAAACUCAAACAAAGUGAUGAGAAACUGAAAUCCAAAUUCGAUGAAAUAUUAAUUGUCAUCGAUUCCAAACAAACUUCAACACAAAAAUACGUUGAUGAUCAAAAUGCAAAAGUGACAGAUGAAGUGAAACUUGAAGUACAAACUGUUCAACACGCUAAUGAUGAAACUGCCAAAUAUUUGAAUGACCAAUUCACAUUCAUUAACCAGCAUUUGAUCAAAUGCGAUAUGGACAACAUCGCAAACAAGGAAGAGAUUGAUCAGAUGAGAGAACAACUUCCUAAAGACUAUCAAGAGAUCAAAGAUUACAUAAAGAAGAGAGUUGCAGUUGUUCAAAACAAUUUCAAUGAAUCUUUGACGGAUAAAUACAAUUUCUUGGUUCAAAAUGAUGACACAAAUAAGAACAAUUUGCAAAAUACAAUGAAAGAAAACAAUGAUAACCUUGAGAAGAGAAUUGACCAACUUGAUAUCUUCUUAAAUUCAAUUUGUGGAGAAGACGGUUUGACACUUUUAUCGUUGAAGACAUUAAUUGAUCAAAUGAACAAGAAAUUUGAGAAAUUCAAUGCCGCUUAUCAAAAUGACAUGACAACAUUGCAAGAUAAAGUUACAAAGAAGAUAGAAAACGAGACACAAAGAGCAACAAUAAGAGAAGAUGAAAUUGAUGGAAAAGUUAAAUCAAAUGAUGAAAAAAUGACACAAAUUCAAACAGAUCUUUCAUCUAAAAUCACUUCACUUGAACAGAAUCUUACAGAAACAAUCAAUGCAAACAAGAAGUCAGCAAGCAAAGAUAUCCAAGAAAUCAACAAUUUCAUUGCAGAAAACAAUCAAAAGAUCAAAGAAACAUUUUCAUCUCAAAAGGCCAAGUUAAAUGAUUACAUUCAACAAAAUAAAGAAGAAAACCAGAAAACUAAGUCAGAAUUUGAUCAAAGGAUUAAUGAUCUUAAUCUCCAAAUCACUGCUGUUGAUACUAAUGCAAAGACUUCUCUUCAAAACACUGAACAAAACAUCAAACAAAAUAUUGACCAAUUAAAUCAAACAUUGAAUACAAAAAUUGACAAAAAUAACGAAGAUAAUCAUGCAAAAAGUGACAAGAUUAUCAAUUCACUUAAUGAAUUUAAAGAUCAGACAAACAAUGACAUCAAACAGUUAAGUGAUGAAUUCGACAAAUUGAAUCAAAAGACAGAAAAUGCAAAUUCACUUUUCACUUCACAAUUAAAUGAAAACAAAGAUAAUUUGCAGAACCAAAUCAACCAAUUGUCAGGAAGAGUCGCAGAAGAUGAGAAGACAAUUGACCAAAUAAUUGCAACAAACAAGCAGACAACGAAAGAAAUCAAACAAGCAGUAAAUCAACUUCAAAAAGAUUUACAAAAUGAUUUACAAGAAAACCUGACAGCCUUACAUGACAAAAUUGAUACAAAUCAACAGAAGGAGAUUGAGCAAGAGAAUAUUCUUCAAAAGGCAAUUGAUGACAAUAUGAAUACUCUUGAGAAACAGAUCAAAGAAAUCACAGAUGCAAAUGAUAAAAAGAAUUCUGACAUUUUACAACAAAUUUCAGAUUUGAAUGGUUUACAAAGUCAAAACAAGAAAUCUCUUCAGAAGGACAUCAAUGGAUUACAAAGCAAAUUGUCACAAAUGAAUGAUGACAUCGAACACAAUGUUAAACAAUCAAUUAAUGAUGUUUCAAAGAAAGUUGAAACUCAUUCCAAAGAAAUUGAAGAAAAUGACAACAAGAAUGAAUCUAAUUUCAAAGAUUUGCAAGAGAAAGUUACUACAGCACAGAACACAGCAAACUCUGCUCUCAAAGACAGCAAGUCUAAUGCAGAUAUUGUUAAAGAUUUGAUCAACCAAAACAAUGACAAAUCAAAUGAAAAAUUCACAAAUCUUGAGAAACAACUCAACAAUUUGAUGAAUGAAAAUCAAUCACAAAGACAAGAAAUUGAUAAUCAUUCACAAUCUAUCAAUGAUUUGAUGUCAAUCAAGAGAUAUAACAAAGAAAUCGAAGGUUUGAGAGUCAAGUUUGAUGAAGCAAUUUCAUUUAUUGAUGAAUUUAGACAAACAAUGUCUUCUUUCAUUCAAAACAAUGUUAAUGAAAUAUACACUAAUUAUGGAGAUAAAUCAAUAAAGAAGGCAUCAAAGAGAAGCCAAACAGAAGAAGGAGAAACAGAAAUGCAGAAGAAAUUAACAACAAUAACUGUUGAAUUAAAUGAAGAUAUCGGAAAAAUUGCAAAAGACAAAUUAAAGACGAAUACAACUGUUAUAUUACAUAUCCCAGCAAAUUGCAGAGUAACUUGGAAUGCAAAGAUUAACUUGCACAGCUUCCAAACUCUCAAGAUCGAAGGAGAAGGAAAGAAAUCAAAGAUUAUUAUGUCUGAUUUCAAUGAAGUUUGCGAGAAAAUCGAUCCAAGUCGUGCAAUGAUUGAUGGAUUGGGAACUUUGUAUAUAAACAAUGUUUACAUUGAAGCAAACAUUGGUGGCAAACUUGAGAAUGAUUUGCCAGGAAAUUCUGCUUUGUUUGUUUGUUCUGCUCUUUCUAAUGGAGGUCCUUCGAAUAUUUCAUUAACAAGAUGCAAUGUAUUUACUGAUAGACCAAUUGUAAAUAGCUGCGGAUCUUCUUUAGUUCACUGCUCUCUUACUGGAACUAAGAUUGGUAAUUUGAACCCUGAUGAGAUUGAAAUAGUUCCUGUUACAGUAGAUAGUGGUGGAUUUGGUGAUGGAUGGGCGGUUCUGAUAAUGGAACAGUCUAAACUUUGCGGAAAUGGUAUCAAAUUGUCAGAGUCUAAUAGGAUUUUGACAAAAGUCGUAGAUGAAAACGGAAACUAA